CGCCGGAGGAUGCAGCUGGUUGUCAUGGCAGCGCUGCUGGUGCUGGCGGAGGUGGGGCAGGGCUGCAGAUUCAUCUGUCAUCUGAAAAACGUCAGCAUCCCCGUGGAGAGCUGCAACGCUGUCAAGUUCAUCCACACCACCAUAUGUGAAGGCCUGUGCUAUCAAGAGGACCCCAUCUACGACAACCAUGUGGACCCACCUGAACAGCACACCUGCAACGGGGACUGGUCCUAUGAGGUGAAACAUAUCGACGGGUGCCCGGUGGCCGUUACCUACCCUGUGGCCAGAAGCUGCCACUGUACUACCUGCAACACAGAAAACACAGAGUGUGAGCGCCUGCGGGCAGACAUUUGUUCAUCCGGCAUCUACUGA